CAAAGGAACGACAGAAGUGAAAUAGUGUAACCGUGGUCACAAAUCGGCAUAAUCCGCAGCUGCUAACAGUUUGAACUAUUUUGUUCAUUUAAUCAGUAACUUUAAAUACAUGAUUUGUAAAGUCUAACUAUUUCGUGAAAUUAGGAAUUUUUCUCACAAGGCGACAUGAACUUCAUUUGUGGACGUUCUGGACCAACUGCUUGUGAAUAUUUUGGUCUUCGGGAAAUAGGUGAUUUAUAGUACUGUUGACAUUAAUUUGUUAUUUAGAUUAAAUUAUUGUUAGAGAUGCGGAAUUUCUAGAAUGAGUUACCGUCCCCUUACAACUGCUAUUAAACUAUGAGGGCUUGUUUUAACAGUUACAGGAAAAUAAACAUUAUUGUAAAGACGAAAUAUUUCGUAAAAUUAGGAAUUUUUCUGACACAGGGACAGAGGUUUUCGUGGAGGUUCUGGGCCAACUACUUGUGAAUGUUUUGGUCUUCGGGAAAUAGGUGAAUUACAGUACUGUUCGAAUUUGUUAUUUGGAUUAUUUUUAUAGAGAUGCGGAAUUUCUUGAAUGAGUUACCGUCCCCUUACAACUGUUAUUAAAUCUGUGAGAGGUUUGUUCUAACAGUUACAGGAAAAUAAACAUAUGACGGACUUUUAAGUGGUAGAAAUUAUUAUUUACAAUCAUAGAAAUUCACGAACAUCUUAUGUCAAUUUAGGUAUACUAUUGAUAGAUAUUAAACUACGUACGAUUGGCCGAAAUCACCGAAUGACCAUUCUGGUUGUUGGAAGUGGUCGUAUAUCGGUCUGUGAAUAGAUUGGAUUAAGAGGUCGAGUGGUAUCAGGUGGUUUUUAUUCAGGAGUCAAUGGUACGAUUGAGUAAUGUAAUAACAUUACCCUAUGAGGAGUUCUGUUUUAAAACCUGUGAAAUAUUCUGAUGAGGUUUUGUGAUUAGGCUUUCGCUGGCCCUUCUAACACUUUCUUAUAUGGGAUUUUUCAUCAAAACGUGAUUUAGUAUGAUUUAAGUCUGUUUAAACAUACUAUGAAUUCUCGUAAUAUAUCCGAAUUCCUCAAAUGGGAAGUGAAAUUAGGUGUUCUAAACUAAUUAAUCGUACUCCUUCACCCCUUAUGAAUGGUUUCGUUGUGUGAGUCUAGAAGAGAGGUGUGGUCUGGUGACGUAACGUCUAUUCAUAACGAAAACUUUAUAUAACGGAGAAGGGUGCGAUUCUAACGCACUAGUGAUUGUUGUAUGUUUAUUCCGUUGAUUUCUGAAUUUAGAUUUGGGAUCGGGCUAUGUGUAACCCCACUCCCAAGCAGAUUGUUAUUCGACAAGUGUAUAUGAAAACGAUUAGGAACAAAUAUUAAUAAUAUUGUUAUUAUUACUAUUAUUGAAAUCCCAUUCCAUAAGAGAUAAUAUCAUUCAACUAGUGUAUCUAAAAACGAUUUGGAACAAAUAUUAAUAAUAUUGUUAUAUUAUUACUAUUAUUGGAAUCCCAUUCCCAAAGAGAUCAUUUCAUUAUCUAAAAACGAUUUGGAACAAACCAUAAUGAUAUUGGUCUAUCGUUAUUGAAGUCUGCAUUAUAUUUAAUUCACGCCAUAACGAACACGAUCAAGCUUGGGGUUAAUAAUAUCAUCACAGGGAUCAAGUUGUAAACAGGAUAUCACACCUACCUCAAUAUAACAUCGUAACUUAAGACACGGCGCAUGUUGUUGGCAAGGGAACAAAUAUUAUCAAAUUAAUGACUUUUAAUCGGUUGUGAAAACCAAUAAGCCUCGUGAUGGUUUCAUUUAUGCAUGAAGUAUGAAGUAAUAUAAUAUAUGAUCCACAGAAAAUCGUUUGUUUUACCAAUAGUAAAGAACUAUUUUUAAUUAGGAUUAUUACGUCAUCAUUAUGCAUUGGUUUAUGCCACAGGGUGAGUUCCGGCGAUUAACAGACCAAGUUCGUGACGUCAGUAUGGGCAAGAAGGACAACUUCCGAACUUCUAACUGUCAGAAAUUAUACCCAGUACAGAAUAAAACUACUGACAGCCUUAGUCAAGUUUAUCAUUCACAGUUAGCAGCCAGUCUGAAAGCUUUUCAAGAUAAAAAAUGGCGUCCAUUAAAAGAGAACCGAAUCGAACCAACCGUAUUAAGAUGUCGACCACAAUCAUCAGCAUCUUCUAAAAGACCGCAGUCGUCCAUAUGCAAAGGCAUAACAUCAUCAAUGACUCCGACACCGAAUCCACCCUCACGCCCUCGCUCUGUUCCGAGUGAUAAAUUACGACCAACAAGUUCUUACAGACGACCUGAAACACCGGAAGUUAAACCGGGAAAAUUUGACACAUUAGAUCCGGAAAUUCUAGCUAAAUUGAUUGGACGAGAGAGACCCCUGAGUGUUUACGGUGAACGAUGCGUCACAGAUCAAAGUGACGUAGAUGCAAGCGAUGAUGACGUAUGUUCGACCAGUGGUAUUGAUAGUGAUGCUUCUACAUUAGAAAAUGGCGUCGAACCGGAUGUAGAUUCGGAUCGUAAAGUUCCGGAUUUGAAUCUUCGACCUGAAACGCUAGACGCUAUAUAUGUCCCAGAAGAUCGAAAAGAAAGGAAACGUUAUGACUUCGAUGCUAAUAAUGUAGAUAUUCCUCCUUAUGAAUUUUCGUGCCCAAUUCCGAAACCUUACCAACAUUUGGAAUUUUCUAUCAUUGCCAAGCAAGGCUUGAGCUGGCGAAGUUUGACUGAAAUGCCCCAAUCUAAAAAUACAGAAAGAUUUUUCGAUCGUCUGAUUUCCUUAGAAAAAAUGCAGCAAGAAACGGUAGAGAGCGAAACUCGAGUCAAAAACCGUCCCCCAAGCAGACGACAACCGGCUUCUCGUACUGGUAGUGCUAAAUCACGUGACAAACGGUGUAGUAAUUCGUGUUUACAAUUAGCGUGCGUCGGUGAUUGUCCGGAUAAAACGACCAAUGACAUUUGUAAAACUUGUCUGCAGACAUUUUGUAAUGGUUCAUGUUUGAUGUCGUAUGAGCAACACAUGCGUCAACCAAGAACCGAGGAAACGCCAAUGGUAGUUCCCAAGCAAAAUCCACGGUGCUGUUCGUCGUGUCUUAAAAAACAUACAGCCAAAUUCAUCAACGCCAAUAACACUCUGCUCGGUCGACCACGGUCUGGUAACGCCACGUUCAGCAGGGGGAUUAACUACGUCAAACCCAGAGAUCUACGUCCGAAAUCAGCAGUGGGCAUAUCAUCAACUUCUUUACAGCAAUUUGAAGAUCUCGGCAUAGAACCCUGCCAAUCUACAAGUCGCCCAUCUACUGCAAUGUCAGGUCGCCCGAGAAGUCGCAAUGGUUUAUUACCGGGUAAAUCGUUUUCUUCGAAUAGGAAAUGCUCCAUCACCGAUUCUAGGCCAAAAUCAACAAUUAAGGUUCGUAGUAAAUCGGCUACCGUUAGGUUGAGAAAUAAUGUCACUCCAUCCUGAAUAUCAGUUUUGUAUUACCCUAUUACAGUAGGUUAUUUAGUUGGUGUGUGAAAACCUGUGUUAGAAACACCGUAGAAAUAUAAUUCGUUCGUUCGUUCUUGGUGUUUAACGUCUGCUUCCACAUAAGUGAUAUCGCAGACAAGACAUAGGAGAGCCGAAGCUGAUUCCAGUUUUUUAGAAUAUGAUUUUGCAAUCUUUCCAUUUGGCCUUAGGCCAUGGAUUUGGUUUAGUGGGAAGUUCUUCCCUUUAUUUAAUACAAAACAUAUCGUUUGGUAGAUGAUCUCGUCUGCUUCUGGAUUGGUAGAUGUCAUCGUUUGGGGUUAGUGUUUAGGUGCCAGGCCCGUCUUAUAUAAUCCAGUUGUAACGGUUCUUAUCCUAUAAACUUGAAUGGUGUUUGUGGUGAUAUACACAUUGACAGUGAUGAUAUACAUGUCAUUUAUGGUAUCUGUUGCCAUGGUGUUUGUGGUAUUAUGCGCUGAUGUACGUUACUGUGGUGUUGGUGGUGAUAUACAUUGACAGUAAUGAUAUACGUUAUCAUGGCAUGGUACUUGUGGUGUUAUGCGAUGACAGUGAUUAUUAACGUUACUAUGGUGUUUGUUGUGAUAUACAUGGACAGUAAUGAUAUACGUUACCAUGGUACUUGUGGUGUUAUGCGUUGACAGUAAUGAUAUACGAUGUCAUGGUGUUUAUGGUGAUAUACAUUGACGGUAAUGAUAUACGUUGCCGUGGUACUUGUGGUGUUAUGCGUAGACCGUGAUUAUUAACGUUACUGUGGUAUUUGUUGUGAUUAUAUUGGCAUGAAUGAUAUACCAUGGUGGUUUUAGUUAUAUAUAAUGACAGUGAUGAUAUACGUUACCAUGGUAUGUGUGGUGAUAUACAUGACAUUGAUAAUGUACGUUACCAUGGCAUUUGUGGUGAUAUACAUGGCAAUGAUAUACGUUAACAUUGUUUCUGAAAAAGUAUAAUUAUGGCUCUAGCUACUAUAUAAAAUGACUUUUGUAUUGCCGUACCUAAAAUGCUGAUAUGUUUUUUUAAAACCUUAUCCUACCCUUUUAAUUAGAACGUAACCGUGACUUUUGUGCUAAGGAGCUUCUAUAUAUUUGCACCAAGAUAUAUAAACAUUAUUGAAGAAGUUUCAUUUUCUCUCUUUUCAAAGGUAUUUGUGCUGUUAGACGUGAAUGCGUGGAUGUAGGUCUAAUUAAGAUUGUGUUUUAAGAAGUAAGCAUAGUUUUAAACGGAUCAAAUCUCAUUGAUUUAAGUCAUAAAAAAAGUAUUGAAUUGGGUUGAUAUGUAUUUUUUCAGUUAGUGAUGGGGCCACCACCAAAAAAUUAAAUUUUGUUUCGAAA